AUGGGACCCGCCUUCUCUGUCUCCAUGGUCCUGCUGCUGCUUAUGCUAGUGUGUGGACGACCUGUAUACUCUGGACGAAUCGUAGGGGGCCAAGCUGCUGCUUUGGGGCGCUGGCCUUGGCAGGUCAGCCUGCAGUUUGGCCGGGCCCACAUUUGUGGAGGUUCCCUCAUCAGCAAGAAUUGGGUACUGACAGCAGCACACUGCCUAAAAGGGCACUGGAUUUUUAUUCCAUACAGUAUAUGGCUUGGAUCCAUUGAUGUAAGACAAUCAAGCAAAGGCAAGGAAUACUAUGUGUCCAAAAUCGUCAUCCAUCCCAAAAAGAGUGAUACAAAUGGAGACAUUGCCCUGCUGAAACUGUCUACCCCAGUCACCUUCACCUCUGUCAUUAUGCCCAUUUGCUUGCCCAAUAUCUCAAAGCAUCAUAAGCUUCCAGCUUCUUGCUGGGUGACUGGAUGGGGACAAAACAUGAAAGGUCAGUACCCUGCUUUCCUCCAAGAAGUUGAAGUACCCCUCAUUGAUGAUGUGGAGUGUGAGCAACAGUACAACCCCCUCAGCAUGUUCAUCCCGGGGCUGGAACCGGUCAUUAAGAAGGACGAAUUUUGUGCUAGUGACAUUAAGAUGAAAAAGGAUAGCUGCAAGGGCGACUCCGGAGGGCCUCUGACAUGUCAAAUUGAUGGUGUCUGGACCCAGAUAGGUAUCGUAAGCUGGGGUUUGGAAUGUGGCAAAAUUGCUCCUGGAGUCUACACCAACGUGACCUACUACCAAAAAUGGAUCAGUGCCAUUAUCUCAAGAGCCCAGGGCUCGGGUGGUGACUGUACUUACGUGACUUCUUGUUCCCUACUGUACUUCUUUCUCUGGCUCUCCUGGGAUCCUCCUGAGCCUUGGCCCUAACACAAUACCAAGACAAAAUAGAGACGCUGCUGCUGGGGAACU